AAAAGAAAAGAUAAUAAUAUGUCAACUUCACUUUUCGAUGAUUUCUUCGAUCUCGACAUGGUGUUGACCAUACCGGAGGAAGUUAGCACAAGCACCACCACCGCCGGCGGUGCGAAGGGUUCACCUUCUCCGGCUAUGAUCGCCCAAAAGAUGGCCGAUAUGGUCUUGAAGAUGCCGACGGUCUCUGCACCUCCCGGUCACUCAUGUACGGUUUGCAUGGAACGAUUCGAAGUUGGUUCAACCGCCAAGGAAUUACUUGUCUGUGGCCACGUGUACCAUGAGGGUUGUAUUACCACUUGGCUGUCUCUGCAUGAUUCUUGUCCUCUUUGCAGGUCCAAAGUAAUCUCCGGCGGCCGCUGACCGUCGUAAUUAGGGUUUCCCCACCAUCACCACUUUAGCUACUAGGUAGCUAGGUUAAUUGGAUCCCAUUUCUUCUUCGGGCCGGUUUAUUUUAUGAAAGAAGCAUAUAAUAAGGAAA